AUGCUGCGUUUUGUGACUAUCACUGUGCUGCUCGUGGGCUUAACAACGGCUGAACCGGAUGUGAAACCAAGGAACGGAACUACCUACUCCACCAUCUCGUGGAACAAGUGGACCAAAUCGGCCAAGCUGAACCCGAGCGUGCAGCACAUUCCACUGGAUUCGACACAAAUCCACUUGCGACCCCCUCCAGCGCAAAUUCCCGACACGUACGACGUGUUUAUUGGAUCAUCUGCCUUCCGCGAUGGGUAUCGUUGUGGAAAAAUGCUGUUUACUGCUUUUAAGCGAGCCACCUAUUCGGAACGUCUGUAUUUUGGGAUUCUAGAGCAGGUCUACGAAGGUGACCCCACGUGUCUGGAUGAGUACUGCAAAAUGGCAGCGGAGGAAUGGCCUCAAGACACGAAGUGCCGACACAAGCACCAGAUUACAAUAGAUACCCGGGACGCUGCAGAAUCCGCCGGAUGCACGACAGCACGUCAUCUACAGCAGAAGCUGGUAGGGAAUCAAGAGUUUUGUUUUCAAGUCGACGCCCACUCCAUCUUUACGAACAGAUGGGAUGAGAACAUUGUUGCGGACUGGACCUCAAUUAACAACGAGAUGGCCAUCAUGACGAUCUACCCGCACCACCCACACGAAUUCAUGAUCAAGGAAAAUGGUGAUAACGCGAUCUACAACUCUAUUCCACAUUUGUGUACUACAAUAAAAGGGGAGAACAGCAACCUCACUCGGAUUGUUGGAGCGAGCAUGAUCAGCGACUCGUGGAUGCCACAGAUGGGAGCGCUAUGGGGAGGCGGCUACUCCUUUAGCAAAUGCCACGCCGAGCGCAAGGUACUCGUCGACUCGCACACGCCGUGGCUCUGGGACGGCGAGGAGUUUCUUCGCUCAGCCAACUACUGGACGUCCGGCUAUGAUUUGUACUCCCCGAGCAGGCUUGGACACGUUCUUUACCACAAUUACUCGGAAAAACCUGCGAGUUUCUGGGUAACAUCGGUGGAUCCCGUGAAAAAGGGUCUGGAUGCAGCAAUGGCUCGCAAUCGCGUGCGUCUUCGCCUCGGGAUACCGUUCAAGGGGGUCGUUGACACUUUUGAGUUUCACAAGUACGGCUUCGGUAAGGUGCGGUCCUUCGAUCAGUACCUAAAAUUUGCCAACAUCAGCCUAAAAGGUUGGAUGAACGAGACAAACUCGUGCGGACAGCUGCGCUGGGUACCGUACGACAAUGCCACUGAGGUGGAGGAGACAGUUGGUCGUGGCUGGAAGCUGCACAGUCAAGACAGAGAUGAAGACAAGAAGGAUUGGAGCGCUGGAAAAAUGACAGCGGAAUCGCUUCGAGCCAUGCCUGUUCAUUUUAAUGAUGCUGCAUUUGUCACCGACGAGAAUGCCGAAUUUGUGAAAGCAAAACUUCGCCAUCAAGUCCCCAAUUCGUACAAUAAUUUCUUGGGCUUUGGUCUGCCGACGGGUUUCUUCAUUAUCGUCAUAUUGACAGCCAUAUUCGUGACGCUGUCAAAUGACUCCCAAUCUAACGCGAUUCGUCGCAGCGUGUGUUUUAACAUAAAGAAGUCGUAA